AUGUCGGAAAUUCUAGAUUCAUAUAAACAAAGUUUAAAUGAAUUAACUUUUAAUUCACGUCCAAUCAUUGAUAACUUGACAGUGAUAGCUAAAGAAAAUCCGAAUGUUGCAGAUGGCAUAAUUGAUUUAGUCACUGAAAGAAUCUAUAAAACCAUCCCGGAGCAGAAACUCUAUGCCUUAUAUUUAUUGGAUUCUAUUUGUAAAACAACAGGGAACCCAUAUAACAUACUUGUUAGUGAUCAGAUUUUUAGUUUAUUUUCCCAUGUUUUUCAAUUAGUCAAUGAAGCAAUUCGUAAUCGUUUAGUAAGUUUGUUUGAAACUUGGAAAGUUACCAAAACUAGGGGCACCAAUGAACCUUUAUUCCCAAAAUCUCAAUUGGAUAAAAUUGAUGUAUUUUUGAAAAAAGCCGGAUACCCUAAACCAGCAACUGGAGGGUUAUCCCAACAAUCACUUAUUAACGACAUAAGCCAACUAAUCCCAGUAUUUGAAAACAAAAUUAGAAUGAAUCCAAAUCAGAAAUUAGCUGAAAGACUCAAAGCAUUGAAUCAAUUAAAAUUGAUUUUAUCCACACAAGUUAUGAAGGUUAAUGAAUUACAAGCUAUACAGAAUCAAUUACAAUCUAUAAAAGAGCAAGAAUUGGCAUCAUCGUCCUCGAAAAGUGGAACUCCAACAGGGACCCCAUCUACAACCCCUGCUCCUGCUUCACUCCCACCAACACCAAAGGCUAAUCCUGUUUUCCAAAUAUUUGAUGAUUUGAUUCUUUCUGGGUUGGUGAAGAAGGAACAAGAACCAAUACCGGGUUCAAAACCUGUCUAUUCCUUGGUUUUCCCUCAAACCAAAUACUCUCCAUCCAAUAACGAAUUUAAUCCUAAUGGAACAUUAGAAGAGUUGUUGUUAGCAAGCAGUUCAAUACAACGUUCUGAUUAUGAAAAAUUAAAAUUCACAGAAAUGAUCAAAGUCAGUAAAUCUGCCGCAAAUAAUCUACAAGAUUUCAUCAAGAACAACAAACCAAAUUCAAAGUUGCGUGAUUUGUUAUACGAUGCCAAACCAUCCAAAUGUUCUAUUUGUGGUAAAAGAUUUACAACUGACCAAGAAGGCUCAACUAAAAAGAGAUUACAUUUGGACUGGCAUUUCAGAAUCAAUAAGAAAUUGUCCGCUAAAGGUAGCAAUGUGCAAUCAAGAAACUGGUACAUUGAUGAUUACGAAUGGGUUAAUUUCAAUGAGAACGAGUUGUUAGAAUACUCAACCGAUGUCAAGUUGCCAGAUAUUGGGGAUGAUGAUAAGUCUGCGAAUGUUAUCACAUCUUCGUAUGUUGUUGUGCCUUCAUCUGAAACAAAUAUGAAUAACAAAUGUUUAAUUUGUCGAGAACAAGUAAAGGCAACUUAUAAUGACGAAAUUGGGGAAUGGGUAUGGGAAAGAUGUAUUAGACAACCUGGUGAAAGUAAAAAUAGUAGAAAAAUCGUUCAUGUUGCAUGUUUCAACGAAUCGAAUAAGAAGAGAUCAGCUGAUGAGGAUUUAAACGUUCACGUCAAGCGUGAAAGGAUUUAA